CCCAGCCGCAUCUCAAGGAGGUGGAGCGCGCAGCGCAGCGCCCAGAUUUAUCACCAUGGGGAGGUACCGGAUAACCUGCUGGAUAGUCAUCCUUUUUGUUGUGAUGUGGAGCGAUGUUUCCCUUUCCAAAAAAGGAAAGGGUAAAGGUGGAGGCGGUGGGAACACAGGAAGCAACCGCAAUCCCAACUAUCCCAGCAACCCCGGCUACCCCCAAAAUCCUGGCUAUCCCAGAAACCCUAGCUACCCCCAUAAUCCUGCCUACCCCCCCAAUCCUGCCUAUCCCCCUAAUCCCGGCUACCCCCACAAUCCCAGCUACCCCAGGAACCCUAGCUACCCCCAGAAUCCCGGCUACCCUGGUGGUGGUGGGCAGCACUACAACCCAGCUGGUGGCGGAACAAACUUCAAAAACCAGAAGCCCUGGAAGCCUGAUAAACCCAAAACCAAUAUGAAAGCCAUGGCAGGAGCAGCAGUGGCAGGCGCCGUGGUGGGUGGCCUAGGUGGCUAUGCCCUGGGAAGUGCAAUGUCAGGAAUGCACAUGAAUUUUGACCGUCCUGACGAGCGCCAGUGGUGGAGCGAAAACUCCAAUCGCUAUCCCAACCAAGUGUACUACAAGGAAUACAAUGACCGCUCCGUUCCAGAGGGAAGGUUUGUGCGGGACUGUGUGAAUAUCACAGUGACCGAAUACAAAAUUGAUCCCAAUGAAAAUCAAAAUGUGACCCAGGUAGAAGCCAGAGUCAUGAAGCACGUGAUCCAGGAGAUGUGCAUGCAGCAAUAUCAGCAAUACCAGCUGUCCUCUGGUGUCAAACUACUCUCUGACCCCUCGCUCAUGUUGAUUAUCAUGCUUGUCAUUUUUUUUGUAAUGCAUUAA